AUGGUGAAGGUGGUAGGGCUUUUUGUUCUUUAUGCACUUCUGUUUUACAGUGCAAAUGGAAAGACCCAUCAUCAUACUUUUGUGGUGAAGUCAUCUUCAUACACUCGACUGUGUACUACUAAGCACAUCUUGACUGUGAAUGGGAGAUUUCCAGGGCCAACAUUGAGAGCUCAAAAAGGGGAUAAAAUGAUAAUCAAGGUCUACAACAAAGGGGAACAUAAUAUAACCCUCCACUGGCAUGGAGUGAAACAACCAAGAAAUCCAUGGUCAGACGGACCUGCAUAUAUCACUCAGUGCCCAAUUCAGCCCAGAAAGAAGUACACUUACAGGAUUCACUUCACUACAGAAGAAGGAACCAUGUGGUGGCAUGCACACCUCGGAUGGACAAGAGCAACAGUUCAUGGAGCAAUUAUCAUUUAUCCAAAGCGUGGAUCCCUUUACCCCUUUCCCCACCCUCAUGGAGAGGUUCUAAUCAUAUUGGGAGAGUGGUGGAAGAAAGAUGUAAUGGAAAUAGAAAGAAAUGCAACUAUUGCAGGAGGAGGACCACUAAUCUCAGAUGCCUAUAUGAUAAAUGGGCAACCGGGCGAUCUCUAUCCAUGCUCCAAACCAGGAACUUUUAAAGUGACAGUGGAGCAUGGAAAGAGAUACCUACUUCGGAUAGUUAAUGCGGUCAUGAAUGAUAAACUCUUCUUUGCCAUUGCAAAACACAAGAUGAAAUUGGUCGGAACAGAUGGAUGCUAUACAAAACCAUUGGAAACAAAUUAUAUAAUGAUCACCCCUGGACAGUCCAUGGAUGUUCUUUUAGAAGCAAAUCGUCAUCCUAGUCUCUACUAUAUGGCUGCCAGUUCAUAUUUUACUAUAGUAGACACUGAAUUUGAUAACACAAUAACAACAGCUAUCCUACAGUAUAAUGGCUUGUACCAUCGAUCUCCAUCACCUCUAAUGCCCCAUCUCCCUGCUCACAACCAAACUCAGGCAGCAACAAGGUUCACAAAAAAGCUAAGAAGCCUGGCAAGUAAGGACCAUCCGGCCAGAGUCCCAUUAAAAGUAGACACCAAAUUGUUUAUCACGUUAUCAAUCAAUCUAGUUAACUGCUCUAGUAAACCUUGUGAGGGUCCCUAUGGUAAACGAUUUUCUGCUAGUUUGAAUAACAUCAGUUUCAUCACCCCAUCCAUAGACGUGCUCCGUGCUUACUAUUACGGACUUGAUGGUGUUUUUGAUAAGGAUUUUCCAAGUAAACCGCCCAAUGCUUUUAAUUACACAGGCAAUAAUCUGCCUCAGAAUCUGUUGACACCGGAUUUUAGGACUAAAGUCACUGUCCUCAAGUAUAAUGCAAGGGUCGAGCUGAUUUUGCAGGGGACUAAUGUGUUUGAAGGUGACAAUCAUCCAUUUCAUUUACAUGGCUACAGUUUUUAUGUUGUUGGCUGGGGUUUUGGCAAUUUCAAUCCUAGAAGAGAUCCCUUAAGGUUUAAUCUUAUUGACCCACCAGAGCAGACUACGGUUGGAGUUCCUCGGAAUGGAUGGGUUGCCAUCAGAUUUAGGGCAGAUAACCCGGGAGUAUGGAUGAUGCAUUGCCAUAUUGAGGAUCAUCAGGAGUGGGGAAUGAAGUCUGUUUUUGUGGUAAAAGAUGGUGCCAAUCCUCAAGCUCAAAUUCUUCCUCCUCCUCAUGAUUUACCUGAAUGUUGA